AUGCCUAGCGGAGAACUCCAGCGUCGCCUAGCUGUAGAUCCAGCCCUGAACUGCAUCAGCACAGUAGGCAUCGAUCCAGGCACCAUGUCCACGGGCAUCGUCCGCAAUAGCAACUGGUUCGUACGCGUCGUUGUGCACGGCAUCGUCAUUGCAACAUUAGCCCGCUUGAUUGCUAUCAUCUGGCCAUCCCCCAACGGUGCCCUGCGCACCCCGGAAAAGUCAGCCAAAGACGUGAUAGACGCCGCCCUGGCAACUGCCAAAUGGCAAAACAAGGGCGGCCUGUAUCUAGACGGCUCACAACUCAGUGACAUGAGUGAGGAAGCAAAGGAUCCUGGUAAACGCGCAUUGGUAUGGCGCGAUAGUAUCAGGUAUACAGGCCUCAAACAGGAAGAAACAAUACUUGUGAAUUGGAACUAG